AGUGGCAUUCUAUUGAGACUAGCUGAUGCCAGAUGACUCAACCGCAAUCCGAUUAAAACAUGCCUCGACGUUUCCAGCCGUGCUAAAUCUGGUUUUAACAUAUCUCUUCUAUGCACGGCGGCGUUAAACUGACAGAUUUUGAUUGGGGAUUCGUUCAAAAUUUACAACUGACAUGUAACCAUAGCUACACGUAAGGCAAGCGUACACGGUCUUUAGUUUUGUUGGCAUGCUAGCAUGCUAAGCUAAAAGUAACUAACCAGCUAACUUUGUUGAUGGAAAAUAAGUGGAAGUUCAGAAUGACCUCCUCAGAGCGGGUCUCUCUCCCUCAGUGACCACAGAGAGGUCGGAGCCUCCAUCACCAUGACAGACAACAAGCGUCUCGCCUUCUCCAUCAUCCAGUUCCUCCAUGAUCAGCUGCAGUCAGGGGAUCUGACCUCAGGCGCCCAGGAGAGUCUGGAAGUUGCUGUUCAGUGUUUGGAGACGGCGUUUGAAGUUUCGACCGAUGACCAGAGCCUCGCUGUCCCCAUGACGUUACCAGAGAUCUUCGCCUCAGCCACAGAGCAGUUUCCAGCAGAGUCGCAGGUAAACAACAACUCCACCCAGAACUCCCUCACUGAGGAGCAGAGAGCCGAGGCCGAGACACUCAAAACCGACGGAAACGACCAAAUGAAAGUGGAGAACUUCUCUGCUGCUGUUGAGUUUUACUCAAAGGCCAUCGCCAUCAACCCUCAGAACGCCGUCUAUUACUGCAACAGGGCUGCAGCGUACAGUAAACUGGGGAACUACGCUGGAGCGGUGCAGGACUGUGAAAAGGCCAUCGGCAUCGACCCAAACUACAGCAAAGCCUACGGCAGGAUGGGAUUGGCUCUGGCCAGCCUCAACAAACACACAGAAGCAGUCAGUUACUAUAAGAAAGCUCUGGAGCUCGACCCCGACAACGACACGUACAAAACCAACCUGAAGAUUGCUGAGGAGAAAAUGGACACAUCCAGUCCAACAGCAGGGAUGGGUGGAGUCGAUCUGGCCGGUCUGCUCAGUAACCCCGGCUUCAUGAACAUGGCGUCCUCUCUGAUGAACAACCCUCAGGUUCAGCAGCUGAUGUCAGGGAUGAUGUCAGGAGCGUAUGGUGGGAUGGGAGGAGGAGGUGGUGGUGGAGGAGCAGCAGGAGGAGCAGGACUUGGAGCUGGACUUGGAGGACUAGGAGCAGGUCUAGGAGGAGGACUAGGAGGAGGACUAGGAGGAGGACUAGGAGGAGCACCAGGUGCAGCACCAGGUGCAGCAGCACCCGGAGCUGCUGGAGCUGGAGAUUUAUCAGGACUAAUCCAGGCAGGUCAGCAGUUCGCUCAGCAGAUGCAGCAGCAGAACCCCGAACUCAUCGAACAGCUGAGGAGUCAAAUCCGCAACCGAACGCCCAGCGCUGGAAACGAGGAGCAGCCAUGACAUUCAGAUCCAGUAAAUCCAGUUGGACAGGUUUUGUGUGUGGAAGAGGAGAAGAGCUGAUUUGGAGCGUUUAUAACUCGAAGGACUAAAAGGAAGCUGUUUUUGUUUCUUUGUUCCAUCACUGAAUAUUUCCUGCACGAGAGAACGAGAGGCCUCCCGCUUCAUUCAGGAGCCACAUCACCAAAAUAAAACACACACUUCUGUGGCUCUGUGUGGUUUUGAGGAAGAACAUUUUGACUUUAACACUUUAAUAUCAAACACAGAUUCAUUGUAAUAAUAUUGUCACACUCUAAUAGGAACAUGGAUCCAGAUGAGUUCAAAACAGAGGCUUGAAAUUUCUUCUUAAAACUACACAGUGUAACUUUAAGGCAACUUUUUCUGUCCUAGGACCUUGUUUGUGUGUGUGCGAGAGAGUGUGUGUGACUCGGCCUACUUUUAGGGACAUAUUUCACAGCUGGGACAAAAGACGUGUCCUUGUUCGGAGAAAAGCUGAUGUUUGGGUCGGUGGUUGUAGUUAGAGUGAAUGUAAGUCCAUGUAAUGACCCUAAAAGGUCAAGGUGUGUGUGUGUGUGUGUGUGUGUGUGUGUGUGUGUGUGUGUGUGCGCGCACGUGUGCACGUGCACUGGUCGGUGACAUGGAGCUGUGAGGAGGCAGCGGGGAGGUGGAGGGCUGUUCAAACCGUCUGAGAAUUAAAAAGAGCAUCUCAACAUUUUAA